CAGCACUUCCGUCUGAAGGAACAAAAAUGGCCAAUAAUAGGCUGAACCAGACGAUUCUUCAAGAAAUAGAAUGGGAUGAAGGACUCACGAUGCCAGUUGCUAAUGCGGAAAAUAAGCAACUGGAAAAUAAGGUUCAAGAGAAGCAAAACUUAAUUGUAGCAACUCAAAAUGAGUUGAAAGAGGUAGAUGAACGCACAAGGGCUAUGCAAGAGCACCUGAGAAAUAUCCUCCAAGAGCUUCAGCAUACUCAGGGCCUUGUUGCAGCUAGACAAAAGGAAGUAGAAACAGAGGAUCACCUUUUUAAAAUUGCAGAGAGGGAAGAUGGACGGCUAAAACAAGAAAUUUUAAGACUUAAAAAACAGAUGGAUGAUUUAAAGGAGAAGAAAAAUUCACAUGAGAACAAUAUAUUCAAGAAGACUCAAAAGCUGGAGGAGCUCAAGUCACAGAUGAAUUGGGAUCAGCAAGCCCUGGAGGCCUGGCUUGAAGAGUCUGCUCGUAAGGAUGAAGAUUCCAUGACCUUGCAAAAAUAUACACGCCAAGAUGAAAGUAAAAUUAAGGAACUAUCACUGCGUAUGGAAAAACUGAUGGGUGAAGCUCAAAAGAAGAAACAUCAACUGGACACUGAAAUGACAAAUACACUGACUUCACAGAUUGAACUUGACAAGAUAGCAGAAGAUUUCCGCAAGGCUCAUACAGAGAGAGAAGAACUUUUGUCACAAUGGGAAAAUACUAUUGAACAAAUGCAAAAAAGAGACAGAGAUAUGGACAUAUUAGCUACUAAAAUAGCAAAAGUAAAACAGGAGGUUCGACAACACGAAGACAUCAUCCGGGAAAAACAACAGUUUCUAGAGCAUGAGCUAGACAACAAUGCAGAGCAGGAAAAAAAGAUUUCUGCAGCAGAAAGGAUAAGUGCACGCACCAGGAAUGAACUACAAGAGGCAGAGUUACAAAAAUCACAGUUUGAAAAUGAGUUGACAACUCUAAAACGGACAGUGGACAGGACUGCGAUGGACCUGGAGUCUGCCAGAAUGGCUGUUGUACAACUGAAGAAAGAAGCUGUUGAUAAAAGUAACAAACUUGCUCAGACAACAGCUUUGAGGAUGAGUCUUGUUGAGAAUCUAAAAGAUGCAGUGGAGGCUACACUCAAUGCAGAAGAGAGGGCCACUAAGGUGGAAGAGAUAUUGAACCUGGAGGAGAAAAGACAAGACAGCAUGCGCAUAGAUCUCAAACUCCUGGAAGAGUUGUUGUACAAGAAAGGGAAAGAACUAACAGAUGCCAAAGCCUCAGAAAAGAUGAUAGAAGCUGCAAUUAAUGGUGCACAAAAUGCAAUUAAAAACCUAAGCAGUAAAAUAGAAAGACUGGACACUGAUGCCCUCAAACAACAGGAGAUUCUCUAUAGCCAGGACUUUAACCUGCAACAAUUGGAACGAAGAGUUAUUAGAAUGCAAGGGGAACACAACACAGAACAAAAGACUCUACUGGAAGCAAAGUGUAAACAAUUGUUUCAAGAACUGGACAAUAAGAACCAGACUUUCAACAUGUUAAACACACAGCUCAAACGACUUCAGGAUGAUCUUCGCCGCUCCACUCGGCAGCUAGAGUCCACUAACUUAGAGAAAGAAGAUUUAAGUGUGAAGAUAGUUGAGCUGAAUCUGUACAAUGAUAAUUCAGAAGCUGAGUUGAAACGUGUUAUCAGAACUAAGCAGGAUUCCAUGGUUGAUGAAAAUCUCCUGAAGCUUGAGAUCAAGAAACUCCGAGACCUUCUCAAUUCCCAUGCUGAUGAUGUCAUGUCACUAGAACAAAGAAAACUCCAGCUGGACACAGCUAUGAAAGAAAGACAUGAGGAAAUCAAGAUCCACAAGGAGAUGUUGUUAGCUCAAGUCAAGGCCACAGAAGAGGAGAGACAGCAAAUAAGUGCUGAACUACAUGAAAGAAUCUCUAAGAUAGACAAACUUCAAAAAAGGUAUGAAAUAUUGAUGGUGUCCAUGUCUGCUCCUGAUGGACAAGAGGAACAGUCACAAGCUUACUAUGUCAUUCGAGCUGCUCAAGAAAAGGAAGAGCUACAGAGAGAAGGAGACAGUCUAGAUGCAAAGAUAAGGAAAGCAGAAAAAGAAAUCAAGGCAUUAGAAAAUACACUUAAAUUAAUGAAUGGACGAAAUGAACAGUACAGAAAAAGUUUUAACAAAAUUACAGAAUCCAGCGAUGAAAUGGAUGAAAAACGACAGUUGGAUGAGCAGAUGAGGGCAGUAAUGGACAAAUACAAAUAUAAAAGACGACAGAUCAGAGAGUUGCAGGAUGAUUUACAUACGAUGAGUAUGACACUAGACACCUUGACGAGAGAUGAAGAUGCUUAUGUGGCAAUGAUAGAAGACAAAAAGAACAAGAUCAGUCUACUGAACAAAGACAUUGAAGAUCAAAGAAUAAAACUGGAAAGAGUUUCUAAACAGAAUGCUCGUUACUCCAAGGAACUGCGAACAGCCAAAAAAUCCAGAGACCCACUACCAGAAGAGAAAGAUUUUGAGGUGCGUGAGUUGAGGGAGUUUAACAAAAAAGUGAUGAAAAUGGUUGGGGAAGCAGUUGCAACUUAUCCAGAUAUGUCCGAGGCUGUUACCUUAUAUUUUACUCAGGCCAACCUUCCAGCCUCAAUGGGCAGCGCUAGCAGCGUUCCGGCAAGUUCUAGGGCCAGCAGUAUAGGCAGUGCACGCUCAGGCUUCUCAGUGGGCUCCAAGGGGGUGGCAUCAAUCAACAUUGGAUUUGAUGGUCUCCCAUCUCCACAUGGCUCAUCUGUCUCCAGCGCCAGAAGUUCUGCCAGCAAAAUGAGUUCACGUCGCUAGCCUGAGCUCACAUUGAGCCAAACAAUUCAACCGUCCACCCAUGUAGUGAUAUAUUUAUCAAGAUAUAAAGCAGUUGAUGCAAUUCUUGUGUGGUGUAAAUAAUUAUUCUCAAACACUCUGGAAUGUCAUUUACAUUUUAUAGUUUGCAGGAAUUUUCACUUUACUUUAAAGACUAAAUAAAAUCCAUAAGAAAAAGAGUAAUGGCUACAGAUAACAUUAGCUAGAAUAUUUUAAACUUUUUAAGGAUAAGAAAGUAAAACUUAUUUAAUUAUAAAGUGCCCAUGCUGGAUCUCACAUAACUGUUCUGUUCACUAAGCACUGUUACCCACAAUAGCCUACACAACUUGGUUCCUGCACUAGUUUUAGCCAGUGCAUGAUAAAUGCUAAUGCCAGUCACACAUCGUUUUUUUUUAAUUCGCAAAACAUUUUAAAACAAAAAAAAGUAUAAAUAAACAAUUACUUUUAAUUGUGAAUCUAUACAAGCAUCCGUUUGUUAUAUACAGUCAUAAAGAAUACAAUCUAAUGCCUGACAAAAUCUUUAAAAUACAUAGAGAUAGUUAACAUGAGGUUUUUAAUUAUGCCCACUUUGAAUAUUUUAACUACAAGAAAACAUUAUUUAAAUGCAAUAAACACAUAACAGUUAAUGCCAAUUACCAAAACAUGAUAAAAAUGUUAUCAAGUAAAAAAUCCCAUAGAAAUAUCAGUACAAUUUUUACUUUUUAAAAAUAAAUGCUUAAUAAAGACUAUUAAUAUUAUUUUUAAUCUGUAUAUUAUGUUAAACAAAACAUGCUUUUUUAUUUAAAAAUGAACUAUGUAUCAGUAAAUGUUGAAUGAACAACAUUGUAUGUAUAAUGUUUAGUUUUAAGUUUACUUAGAGCUGGUACAUAUUAAACAGAGCUGUCACUGUUUGUGGCUCCAAGAAAAUUGUGUUUUGCAUACAAAUUUUACAUGAAAUUAAAUGAUUCAUUUUUUAA